UUCAUGUCCCAUGCGAUUUAUGGAGUGCAACUCAAGGCGAGUCGAGCGUAUUCUGAGAAUAAAUUUGCAUCAUAGUUAUGCCAAUGGAACCGCAGAAUAUCGAGUAGCUGGUCAAACCAGUUGAUAUAUUUUUCAAAUGAUCUUCAAUGGAUCGAUUUCAAACCCCGCAAGUGCGAUCCUAUUACUUUGAGCCUCGUUCAAGAGUCAGUUCUGGUCCAGAAGUUCGUCAGAAUGGAGCGAUGGGUUUCCAAAGUGGCGGUCGUGACGGGGGCGAGUUCCGGGAUCGGGGCUUCCGUCGCCCAGGAGCUGGUGCGUCAAGGAAUGAUAGUCGUCGGGCUCGCGAGGAGGAAGGAAAAGGUCGAAAGACUUGCGGAUGGGUUAAUCGAAUUCCCGGGUAAACUUCAUCCCGUGGAAUGCGACGUCUCCAAAGAGGAAAGCGUCCUCGCAGCGUUUUCCUGGAUCCGGAAGGAACUUGGAACCGUCGAUGUCCUGGUGAACAAUGCUGGGAUCGCGAAGGAAACGACGCUGACUGAGGGUUCCCUAGAGGAAUGGCGGGCCGUUUUCGACGUUAACAUCUUCGGCCUCUGUCUCUGUACCAGAGAAGCUGUGCGGUUAAUGCGCGAGGGUGACACCGAGGGACUUGUUGUCCAUGUAAACAGCCUCGCUGGGGAACGUGUCCCUGCGGUUCCUGGAUUCGGCGUCUAUCCAGGGUCUAAGCGCGCCCUUACUGCCAUGGCCGAAACCCUGCGCCACGAAUUAAGAGCCACGAAAAUUCGGGUCACGUGCGUCAGUCCUGGUUUAGUAGCGACGGAGUUACUGGCUGGUUACUCAGCUUUUUCUGAAGAAGUUUUGGCAGCCAUGCCUGCUCUUCAACCCGAUGACGUGGCAGCAGCAAUUGCCUACGUUUUAUCGACACCGCCUCACGUACAGGUACAAGAUAUUUCGCUCCGUCCGCUCGGCGAAUCUUGCAAGCACUGUUUAACUAACGCAGAUGUAUUAUACAUCGAUUACUUAACCAAGAAACCUAAUUUUAGACUGAUAAUAGUUAUGGUUGUGAAUUUCUACGGCACGGUCAUGGAACGUUGGGAAGGUAAACUGGCGAUGGUAACCGGUGCCGCCGAUGGAAUCGGUGCAGCCAUCGCCGAGGCGUUGGUCAAGGGUGGGGUUAACGUACUCGCCCUGGACGUCAAGAUCGUCCGACUUUUUUCUCUCAGAGAGAGACUCAGGCUCGCUCCAGCAAAGCUUUACCCCAAGCAAUGCGACGUCAAUAAAUUGGAGGAGGUUGAGGCUGCCUUCAAGUUUGCAAAGGAUACAGCAGGCGGUGUUGAUAUUCUGAUAAACAACGCUGGAGUCACCCAUCUCUCAAACAUCACUGAUGGUGACACCGAAGGUUUCCUGAAGGUCCUUCAGACGAACGUCCUGGCCGUAGCUCUGUUCACCAAGGAGGCCGUCCAAUCGAUGCGUGACCGUCAAGUCGACGGACACAUCAUCAAUAUUAACAGUAUCCUCGGUCAUCAAGUCAUCGGUAUCAAUCGAGGUUUGUACGCACCCAGCAAGUUCGCGGUCACUGCUCUAACGGAGACAGUCCGUCAAGAGUUGAUUGGUGUUGGAAGUGGAAUCAAAAUUACGAGCAUCAGCCCGGGUGCCGUAAGUACAGAAAUCCUUGAUACAGCAGCUGCCGAAGCAAACGUUCCGGUAUCGAAAAUGGACGUUCCACGACUGGAGCCCUCGGAUGUCGCAGAUGCCGCAAUUUACAUUCUGUCAACCCCACCAAACGUUCACAUUACGGAAUUCACAAUCCGACCACUUGGCGAAACUCUCUGAGGCAUGGAGGUUACCCUGCAGCAAUGCCGACACACUUGGGCACUCUGGCAUACCGAACCCCUAACUCGAUUACUUGAUUAGACGCGUCAUGUCAUGUGUGGAACACCCUACUUGAGAAUA